CAAAUGGGCGGCCGCUAUACAGUAAAAAAAAUUGAUUGUUAUUGUGAUAAAAAAUUUAAUUCUGCUCAAUUAAAUUUAAAAAUAGAACAAUAAACAAAAAUACCUCAGUGCUAGUGUUAGUUCCUGCUGUUUCAUACCUGUAAAUAACCUUUUAAAAUAGCGUGAUGCGUGCGCCGGCGAGUGCCGGCGGGGUGGCCGUGACCCGCUGGUCGCAGACUGCGCCCGCGCCGCUCACGGACUACGCGGACAAGGCGCCCCCAGUACACGCAUACCCCGUGUUCCCUUAUGACGAUGAGAUCAACCAACGUCUCGCUAUUUGGCAAGGCGAUAUAUCAACGUUGGAAGUGGAUGCAAUCACGAACACAACUGACGAGACACUGUCAGAAUGCAAUAUAGUUAGCGAGCGUAUCAUGCAAGGAGCGGGACCAGACUUGAAAGAGGAAAUCAUUACCAGAUCCUUAGAGUGUCGAACAGGGGAAGUGGUAGUAACUGGAGGGUUCAACCUCCACUGUAGACACAUCAUACACACAGUGAGUCCAAAAUACGUGGCAAAAUAUCACACAGCGGCCGAGAGCUCGUUACACAACUGUUACAAAAAUGUUCUUCAUUGCGCUCUCGAGUUGGGUGUUCGUUCGCUCGCGCUGUGCGUAGUGAGCUCGCCGCGGAAAAACUUUCCGCCAGAUGUCGCCGCGCAUGUCGCGUUACGCUCGGUGCGGCGCCACCUGGAGAGCGCGCGGCUGCCGGCGCAGGUGGUGCUGGUGAGCGCGCUGGGCGCCGAGCUGUCGCCGCUGCAGGCGCUGGCGCCGCUGUACUUCCCGCGCGGCGCCGGCGAGGCGGACGCGGCGCGCUGGCGCCUGCGCGACGCGCCCGACGCGCACCCCGAGCGCCGCAUCCGCAUCAUCCACAACCCGCACGAGCACGCCGACCGAGCAGCGGACGACGACACGUCGUUGUGCGAUGAGGACGCGGCAGCUGAGGCGGCGGCGGCGUUCGCCCGCGCGUGCUCGCCAGACACGCAGCUCUUGCUGCCCGCCGCCUCGCCGGCGCCAGCACCGCACGCCGCGCGACGCUACCAAUCCGAGCAAUAUGAAAGACUAUUGCGACGUGCUCGCAGCGAGGACCUGAGCGAGGUGUCUGGCAUCGGCUGCCUGUACCAGAGCGGCGUAGAUCGUCUCGGCCGGCCUGUUGUUGUGUUCAUUGGAAAAUGGUUCCCGAUAUCUGACAUCGAUUUGGAUAAGGCUCUCCUAUACUUAAUAAAGUUGUUGGACCCGAUCGUUCGCGGCGACUACGUUAUCGCGUACUUCCACACUCUCGCCUCUUCCAACAACCACCCGCCGUUCUCCUGGCUCAAGGAAGUCUACUCCGUGCUGCCUUACAAAUAUAAGAAGAAUUUGAAAGCGUUCUACAUCGUACAUCCAACGUUUUGGACCAAAAUGAUGACGUGGUGGUUUACGACGUUCAUGGCGCCAGCCAUCAAGGCGAAGGUGCACAACCUGCCGGGCGUCGAGUACCUCUACUCCGUGAUGGCGCGCGACCAGCUCGAAGUGCCCGCCUUCGUCACGGAGUACGACAUGACGAUAAACGGCCUGCACUACUUCCAGCCCGACACCAACAACACGUAGACGGCUCUACUCCACGCCGCCCUCUUUUCCCAUAUUCUAUACGUUUAUUUAUAUUAAUAAAAAUCUAUGACGCUGUGUAUUCGAUCGAUUAAAUGGCUACUUUAGUUUUUGUUGCUGGCAAAUCGUCAAUAAUAGUAAUGUGUAUACUCACCAUUACAAUAUUUGUGCGUGUAUGGCAAGCUUUAAAUAUUGUUAAACCUUGUUAGGAAUUGAAUAAAGGCAAUAAACGAGCACUCCAAUUUUAUAUAAAUGAAAGAUCGGGUUAAAUUCGUGACGGCCUAGAUUCGAUUGAAAUAAAACUUCGUUAUUGCUUUUUCUCUAUUCGAGGAUUUGGACCCAAAGAUUUGAAUCUGUUCCAUAAAAUGGCGGCGAGUGACAGGCCAGUGUUAGAUUAGAAGGUUAGUUUGUAGUUGUAUGCAUUUUCUAUACAACUUUGAAAUAAAAAAAUGACAAAAAAAUCAACAUAUCAAAACUUAUUAUAAAAUAAAAUUGUUGAUUUUAUUAAUCCAAUAAUUUUCAUUCGAAAUUUUCGAUCAUAUUGUUUUUAUUUGUCAAUGACAAUUAUAAGUUGUAUAGAAAAUUCAACAAAUCCGUAAGAUUGUUGAAAAUUUAACUGGUAAUUAGUAUUAGCAGUGCAUUUUUAUAUUUUGUAAGUGAUAACUAAAUGUGUGGAUAUUUCGAUGCUCUUUUGCAAAUCUUGUUAUUGAUGUGCUCAUGAAACAAGCAUAACGUAAUUGGCACAGAUAAUAAAUGUCGCUGGACACUAAGAAAAUAAUAUUUACAGUAAAAUUUAGUUUAAAAUACAUUAUUUUUUGUCUUUAUGAUUUAUGUGUUCAUACCAAAAACAAAAUCCAAAAUAGAUAAUUUUACGUUAAUUACCUACAAACAUAUACAAAACAGGGUAACUGUGUCAGAGACGCCAUAUUUGAAGUGUGUUGAAAUUAUAUUUCCUUUUAUCUAUAAGCACUAAGUAAUACUUCCACGAAAUAUGAAAGCAACUUCAAGAUUUUUAUUUUAUAAUAUGGAACAACUUUUCCACAUUUGUAUUAAGGUGCUGGAAUUUCGUUACGCGUUUAGUUUUAUUUUAUAGAAUAAUAAAUAGUUGUUGAUAAUAGUUCUGUACAUAUGUUGUUACAGGAUUGCACAUUGCAUGAUUCUAGAUCAGAUAUGAAAUGGUUUAGUGCCAAGUCAUUUUCUUUGUAAAAUUUCUUUAAAGCUACUAUCACAAAUGUUGAUGAUCUUCAAUAUGUGCGAUAUAUAAAGAUUUAACUAAAAUUCUGUACCAACUUGUUUUAAAGUAUUUCUCAAUGCAAUACCACUGCCAUUUAUGCAAGGCGUUCGUAUUUGUAUACAAUAGUGAGAUAAAUUGCAGGGUGAUUUCUGUAUGCACCAAGUUAUAGCACUGCAAUAUGUAGCUACUAAUUUUAUGUCACAUCAAGGAACAGAUAAUAAAAGUAAAGAAGUAGUUACAAAAAUAUUUUUAUAAUAAAUAAUUAUGUUGAUGUUAACAAAAAAUGUUUUUUAUUAUAAUAUCUAAAAAUAUUUUUAUAACGUUACAAACACUCUGAAUGUGCCACAUUUCCAUAAACAAUUAUUGUAGUUAUAUUUUAAGUAUAAGUGGAAAGCAAACGCAGUCACUGUAUUAUGUAAUGAAUUUAUAGAAGAUUUGAAGAUUUAUAUUACAAAUUCAAAAUUGUUAAUGUCUUUGAUUACAAUAACAAAAUACUUACCGCAAAGCCUUAGGUGUGUUAACCGUUGUUAUUCUUUGUUAGCAGAGUAUAUUGUUGUCCAGUUGAAUGUGAAUGAGAGUCGGCAUAAACUUUGUAUUAUAAUGCUAAUUUAGGAGUUAUUUAAACAAUGUGAUGAAUCAGUUAAGUUUCAUAUUUUAUAAAAUAUUAGGCUAUGUACAUAUUUAAUAAACACAAAUAAAGUUAUUAAUUUACUA